GAAGGUCUUUCUUCCGGCCGGAACUUUGGUUCCUGGGCGCAGUGGGCACCCGGCUCCGGUAACAUAUUCGGCCGGAAGUGGCUUUGGAGUGCGUAGGGUCGAGGUUGGCGUCCGGGGUCUUCCACGGCAGUUGAGAAGUCGAAGAGCAUCAGGAUGAAGGCCGUAGCGGCCGCGGCGGCAGCAAAAGAACCUGAUGAGGGCUGUACGGAGCCCAGACCUGGGCACUGGGGGGAGCUGAGCUGGACACCAGUCUCAUCUAGACCCCAGGACAAGGUAGAAGCAGCUGAGGGAGUACCAGGGACCCUGGACAACAAUGACCCCAGGGCUGAAAAUGCAGCAGUGAGUGCCAUGCUGCACGCUGUGGCCGCCAGCCGCCUGCCUGUGUGCAGCCAGCAACAGGGUGAGCCUGAUCUGACGGAACGGGAGAAGGUAGCCAUCCUGGGCCAGCUGUACCAUGAGAAGCCAUUGGUGUUCCUGGAGCGCUUCCGCACAGGCCUCCGAGAGGAGCACCUGGCCUGCUUUGGCCACCUACGUGGCGACCAUCGUGCAGACUUCUACUGUGCCGAGGUGGCCCGGCAGGGUACUGCCCGGCCCCGAACACUGCGUACCCGACUGCGUAACCGGCGCUAUGCUGCCCUUCGAGAGCUGAUCCAAGGGGGUGAGUACUUCAGUGACGAGCAGAUGCGGUUCCGGGCCCCACUGCUGUACGAGCAGUACAUUGGGCAGUACCUCACCCAGGACGAGCUCAGUGCCAGGGCCCCAACCCACCAGCUCCCCAAGCCCAGCAGCCCUGGCAGACCUGCCUGCCCGCUCUCUGACCUACUGCUCCAGUCCUACCAGGAGAGAGAGCUGCAGCAACGGCUGCUCCAGCAGCAGGAGGAGGAGGAGGCCUGCUUAGAGGAAGAGGAAGAAGAGGAAAACAGUGAUGAGGAAGUCCAGGGGUCAGGCAAAGACUCAGAGGCCUGGGUUCCUGACUCGGAGGAGAGGCUUAUCUUGCGGGAGGAGUUCACCAGCCGGAUGCACCAGCGCUUCCUGGACGGCAAGGAUGGAGACUUCGACUACAGCACAGUGGAUGACAAUCCUGACUUUGACAACUUGGACAUUGUGACUCGGGAUGAGGAAGAGAGGUACUUUGAUGAGGAGGAGCCUGAGGAUGCACCUAGCCCAGAGCUGGAUGGGGACUGAUUGCCACCACCCUCCUGCCAGCCACCUGCCCUGUCCCUCCUCCCAACAAGGCAGCUGAUUACAGGCCGGCUCAGUGACUGUUUAUCUCUCUAGGGGGACAUCAGGGCAGCACCUGCCCACACCAGCCUCAUUGGGUCUUGUCUCAUCUCAGACAACCCCCACACACAGUGGGGUUCCCUACCUUUCUCCCUCUCUCCCUGUUGUCCCCUGCCUCAGUCAUUCUUGCUAUCUCUCUGAGUUUCUCCCCCUAUCCGUAUAUCACUGCCCUACCCCCUUUCUCCCUCUCUGCAUUGGGCUAUGUCCCCACAGCAGACUCUUUGUGCGAUGAGCUGGCCAUGUCACUUCCAGUGCGACCUUAGGCUAGGUGGCACCUGACCCCGAGCACCUCUGCCUUUCCCUACCUCUCUGUCUGGGUGGCUGUCUUGUGUUCAGUACUUCUUUCCUGUCUCUCCUUCCACUUUACCCUGGGCCUCUUGUUCUUUCUACCUGUAUGUCUCUACUUCCCUCUCAGCUCUGUGCUGUCACUGCCUCCCUCUCUGUCUCUCAGCCUUUAUCUGGGCUUGUCCCCCACUCCACACCCUGGGCCCCUUCUUCCCCAUCCUCUAAGCCUGGGUGCUAUGGGCAGCAGAACACUAACCGCUGAGCAGUGUGGCUCCACGGGCAGAGGGAGAUCCUGGGUAACCACCAGCACCCACAUUUCCCUCAGGACCCAGGCUGGGGAGGGCUGGGCAUGACUGCAAACUGGGAAUCAUGGGGCCUGCCAGCUUGGGCAUGGAGGGUAUAGGCAGGGGGGACUUCUCAGCCCCCCGCUGCCCAACCACAAUUUUCCUUUCCUUCACUUCCUCUGCCUCCCUCUUCUGUUUACACUCCCCAAAUACGCACAGGCUGUUAUCAUGGAUCCUGAGUCAUCACAUACACACACACACACACACACACACACACACACACACCCUGUCCCAGCGUCCCUGCCCCCAGCCAGCCACAGGGCCCGCCCCACAGAGCCCCCUGCCGCCCUGGGCUAAUGGGAGCCAGAUGGCCGCCUGGUGACUCAGCCACCGGCCUGUGGGAACCCAGGCGUCCCGCCUUCCCAUGCCCCCACACCCAGCUCGUGCUCCCCCAGCAGACACACACAGACUGGCCACUGGGGGCAGGGCAUAGGCCAGACAGGCUAGCAAGGUGGGGCCUGGGGACCCCUCCCUCCUGUGAGAUGAGUGGUGGCAGGCAUUCCACCCUAGCUGAGCCUGAAGGAGCCUCAAAACUGCUUCCUGAAACCGUGUAGUUCCUAACCUCAGGGCUCAUCUCUGCCCUCUGGGUCAAUCAGGAUUAGAGCCAGACAUGGAAAGUGAGAGCUGGACAGAGGCACAGGGAGAUUCUGACCAAGCAGCUAUUAAAUAAUGAAAGCUC